AUGGAGCUCAAGCCUGGUCUUUCGGCUUUAGUCACUGGCGGAGCAUCAGGCAUCGGCAAGGCGCUUGUUCUAGCCCUUGCAAGCAAAGGAAUUUUCAUUACAAUAAUCGAUUUUUCUGAUAAAGGAAACCAAGUUGCGUCACUUGCCGGUAAUGAAAUUUCCAAGUUACAUUCUGAACUGGGAUUUCCGCCGGCCAUGUUCAUCAAAGCUGAUGUCACUAACACAAAUGAACUUUCUGCGGCUUUCAAGAAGCAUUUUGAGACGUAUGGAGGAUUGGAUAUCUGUAUUAACAAUGCAGGGAUUGGGAGUCCGGUUCCAUUUGAUAAGGAUGAUACUGAUGGUUCUAAAUCUUGGAGACUCACCGUUAAUGUCAAUCUUAUUGCAGUUAUUGAUUGCACCCGUCUCGCUAUUCAAACCAUGCAACUGGCUAAAAAGCCUGGUGUAAUCGUUAAUGUUGGCUCUGCAUCAGGGCUCUACCCAAUGUACGCUGAUCCUAUCUACUCUGCCUCUAAAGGGGGUGUGGUUAUGUUCACCAGAUCCCUCACUCUUUACAAGCGUCAAGGGAUCCGUAUCAAUGUGCUUUGCCCUGAGUUUGUGCAAACUGAUUUGGCCUCAAAAUUGGAUCCUAAAAUUAUUGAUCUAAUUGGAGGCUUCUUACCAAUGGAAAUGGUAGUGAAAGGCGCUUUUGAGCUUAUAAGUGAUGAGACUAAAGCUGGAUCUUGCUUGUGGAUAUCUAAGCGAAGGGGCUUAGAGUAUUGGCCAACUCCUGCAGAAGAAGCAAAAUAUCGCGUGCGCCCUUUGACACAAAGGAGAAAGUCUUCAUUGAUGUCUCCAUUAAGUAUUCAAAUGCCCCAAAGUUUUGAGAAGAUAGUUGUCGACACAUUGAAUCACAAUUUCCGUAGUGCUACUAGUGUAAUACGUGCUCCGUUGAGAUUCCCCCUCAAACCAGAUCAUGUGCUUUUGAAAGUCAUUUAUGCCGGUGUUAAUGCGAGUGAUGUGAAUUUUAGCUCAGGACGGUAUUUUAGUGGAGAUAAAAAGGACAUCGAAUCCCGUCUUCCAUUUGAUGCUGGCUUUGAGGGUGUGGGAAUAAUCGUUGCUGUAGGUGACUCUGCUAAAAACUUAAAGCCUGGCACUCCGGCAGCAAUAAUGACUUUUGGAAGUUAUGCUGAAUUCACCGCGGUACCUUCAAAGCACAUCCUUCCUGUGGAAAGACCAGAUCCAGAAGUUGUUGCCAUGCUCACAUCAGGAUUGACAGCAUCUAUAGCUUUAGAAAAGGCGGCUCAAAUGGAAUCAGAAAAAGUAGUUCUUGUCACUGCUGCUGCAGGAGGCACCGGGCAGUUUGCUGUUCAGCUCGCUAAACUAGCUGGAAAUAAGGUUGUUGCAACUUGUGGAGGCAAAGAAAAGGCCAAGCUUUUGAAAGAUUUAGGAGUCGAUCGAGUCAUUGACUAUAAAGAAGAAAAUAUCAAAACUGUUCUAAAGGCUGAGUUCCCUAAAGGUGUUGAUAUCGUCUAUGAGUCUGUUGGUGGUGAAAUGUUUAAUCUAUGCUUGAACGCUUUGGCAAACUAUGGUCGACUUGUUGUGAUCGGAAUGAUUUCUCAGUAUCAAGGAGAACAUGGGUGGAAGCCAGGAAAUUAUACAGGGUUAUGUGAAAAGAUUCUGAGCAAAAGCCAGACUGUGACUGGCUUUUUCUUAGUACAAUAUGCUCACCUCUGGCAGCAGCAUUUAGAUAAGCUCGUUCGUCUUCACUCCUCGGGAAAGCUCAAGGUUGCAGUCGAUCCAAAACCAUUUUUAGGCAUUAAUUCGGUUGCUGAUGCAGUUGACUAUCUUCAUUCUGGUAAAAGUGUUGGCAAGGUCGUUGUUUGCAUUGACCCAUCGUAUGGUCAACUCCUAGCAAAAUUAUGA